CGUCAUUCCCGGAGCGACGUAAUAGAGGCUAGCUAGCUCAGAAGACAGCAGGUGGCUGGAUAUCAAAGUCGAAUGGCGACCACGUAAACGAAUCAAAUAAACACGGUUCUGACUCGGUAACAACAGUCUAUGGCGACCGGUGGUGGCGGUGGCUCGGCGUCAAACCAUGACGUCCAAGAGUCCAGCUCGGCUCAGAGCGGCGCUCCGGUAACGCUCUCCAACGCGCCGACCGCCGCUCUCGGCCCGCCCGCGUCCCCGCCGGUGCUUGCCGUUAGCCGGGAGCCCGGCGUGUACAACUGGCAGGCGACAAAGAGCUCCCUGAAGGAGCGCUUUGCCUACCUCUUCAACAAUGAACUGCUUAGCGACGUCAGGUUUGUCGUGGGGAAGGGCAGACAGGCGCAGAGGAUCCCGGCCCAUAAGUUCGUCUUGGCCGUAGGCAGUGGCGUAUUCGAUGCCAUGUUCAACGGGGGGAUGGCGACCACCUCGGCCGAGAUAGAGCUGCCCGACACCGAACCGGCAGUUUUUCUCUUGUUGCUCAGGUUCCUGUAUUCAGAUGACGCUCAUAUCACUCCAGAGACGGUGAUGUCCACUCUGAAUGCAGCCAAGAAAUACGCUGUCCCUGCUCUGGCUACUCACUGUGUGGAGUUUGUGAGCAAACAUCUGAAAGCAGACAACGCAUUCAUGUUUCUCACACAGGCGAGGUUAUUUGAUGUCCCUCAGAUUGCCAGCCUCUGUUUGGACACCAUAGACAGAAGCACUGCAGAGGCGGUAAAUACAGAGGGCUUCACUAAUAUUGACCUUGAAACUCUAUGCACAGUCCUUGAAAGAGACACGUUAAACAUCAGGGAAAACCGUCUCUUUGAGGCUGUGGCACACUGGGCUGAAGCUGAGUGCAGCAGACAACGGCUUCCGGCAACCUCUGAGAACAAACAGAAGGUAUUGGGAACAGCCCUACAGCUCAUCCGCUUCCCGCUCAUGAGUGCGGAGACGUUUCCUACGGCAAACCCAACACCACGGCCCAGCAACAAUGACCGAUCGCGUUGCCACGUUCGCGGUGAAGAAUGCACCAUUAAUAGAUUUCAGCAUGUCGAGAGUCGAUGGGGCUACAGCGGUACCAGUGACAGAAUCAGAUUCAACGUCAGUAGACGAAUAUCCAUCGUGGGUUUUGGUCUUUAUGGUUCCAUCCAUGGACACACAGACUAUCAGGUCAACAUACAGAUAAUGGAGAGUGACAAACACCUGACCGUGGGCCAGACCGACACAGGAUUCAGUUGUGACGGCACAUCAAACACCUUCCGUGUAAUGUUCACAGAGCCUGUGGAAAUUCUUCCUAACGUCAGCUAUACUGCAUGUGCAACCUUAAAGGGACCCGACUCCCACUGUGGCACGAAGGGGUUGAAGAAAGUCACCCAGGAGUCAGCGACAGGGACUAAGACAACAUUUGUCUUUUUCAAAUCCCCCGGAAACAAUAACGGUACCUCGGUAGAAGACGGACAGAUACCAGAGAUCAUCUACUAUACAUAGAUUGACGUGAGAAGACUUCACGUGGCUUGAGUUUUGUGCUUCACAAUCUCUGGGAAUGAACACAGAGUGGCAGUUUGUUUCAUGGCAAAAUUCACCGACACAAGGAUUGUUCCAAGCAGCUGUUAAAAAGAAAAAUCAAAGCCAGUUUUUGUUUCAUUGUUAUUAGAUGUAAAUAUGUAAGUAAUCAGACAAAGCAUAUGUCCUCCAUCGGAAUUGGUUGGAUGCAAACGAGUGACUGUUCUCCCCCAAGUUAUUUGUUCUCCUGAGUCUUGUUUGACUCUAACUUCAGUCAACCAUCAGUUGUCACCAGAGCAUUUAUUCUGAUAUUCAGCUUAGGUUCCAAAUACUAGUUAUUGUAGACCUAAAGCUGGCUGUGAAGGAUUUUCAGUAAAUGCUCAAACAACAACAAAAAUCUUUCCUGAUGGAUGCAGCGAAUGCAAAUGUACUCAAGUUUGUUGUCAGUACAUGCUACAUAGUGAUUCCGCCAACUCGGUGUGCGUUAUGUGAUUUUGUUGUUACCUGUUGUAAUUCAUACGCGUUUGCUUGGCACUUCUUUGAAAUUAAAAGAACAGCUUCUUUUUAUAUUACAGACUUGGAAAAGAGAAUUGUAAAGUGUAACUCACAAUGAGAUUGCUCUCGGCUACAUUAUCAACAGAUAAUGAUGCUGUAUAUUUAAAAA